AUGUCAGAACACGUUGAUGCAUCUGUAUUCAGCGAUGAGGACAAUAGCCCCUUCCAGCAUCUGCUGGCACUUGCAAGCCUUAUCCAGUCCCAGGGGCCCGAUAAGAGAAGUGGCAAAAGCAAUGGCAAAAAGGCACAGAACAACGCUUUUAAAAGCCACGAAGCUACUGAUAAUGAAAUUGCCGAGGAAGAUAUGGAGGAUGAGUCCAUGUUGCUCUACAGAAGUGAAGGUGAGCAGUUCAACACGGUGCAUAUCAACUAUGAGAGCAGGGUAACGAAGCUCCUCAGUCCUGAAAGCAACGCCAAGAUCUUGAUAAGCGAGGCCGGUAAAUCCAAUGAGGGUAUGCCCAAUUCGUCGAAGAAAUAUGUGGUUUACACCAUCAAGCUAGUCAACAAGGACAAUACGAAAGAAGAGGUACAGACGAGGAGACGGUACUCUGACUUCGAGAGCUUACGCGAUGUCCUUACCCGGGUGUACCCGCUACUACUUAUUCCGCCAAUUCCGCCGAAGAAUUACUUCUCAUUGAACAUGUUCAAUGGACUUGUGGGGAACGGAAAUGGUAACGCACAAGCAUCCAGCCCUUCCGAGUCUCCGAACGAGAACAGCAACGUCACCUCAUACACAUACAUCAAUUCGAAACAUCUCAACAAGAAUAAGCUCGUUGAGCACCGCAAGCGACUUCUUUCAAAUUUCUUGAACAAUUGUCUCGGCAUUCCGCAGGUCAGGAACCUCGAGUUCUUCGCCAAAUUCCUUGAUCCCUCAGCCAACUGGUCCGAUGAGAUUGAUCUAAUCUCGAGUCAGCUACCGAAGUCAAUUUAUCAGCUGAACCCUGAAAAUGGCUUGAAGACAUCUGAAGUUUAUUCCUCCCUACCACUACCCUCAACUCAGCAUGGUUUGAGCUUCCAAUUUCUCAAACCGCUCAAGAAUAACAGCAAAUUCCUAACGCAUACAACAAGCCGUUUCCUCGGUAGUGGACCCGAGACGACACAGGAACCACAGCCGAAUGGCGCACAAGAACAAGGUCUGCCGACAGAAUCUCCGGAGUCUCGUCCGAUAAAAUUCAAGACUUCUAGCUUGGAUAACAUCAACAAGAAAAUCAUGGAGAGCUUCAUUGGAUUGUCAAAUGACUAUGUGGAGCUCGGAAGUGCUCUAAAUUCGUUUUCGUUGAUGUUGGCGGACUCGCUGAAAGCAAGAGUUGGUAAGAGUCCAGAGGAGGACGAUGCAAAACUUGACGUUCUUGUCGAUAAAAUUGGCGUGGCGUUUGACAGAUCCUACAUUGCGAUUAAUGCUCUUGUCAGCGAACUGGAAACGAAAUUUUCAGAACCACUAGGGGAGGCAGUGAGAUAUGAUGCAAUUCUUAGCUCUGUUAACCGCUUUCAAGCCCGUAAAGCAAAUCAAAAGGAGGUGAUAGAUCAAGAAUUACAUGACAAAAGAAAAGAGUUGUUACAGCUUUCGAAGCAUGGGGAGAAUGGCCAGAAUGGUAACAAUAUACCGCAGCCUGUUAGCUCGAGCAAUGAAGAAACGUCUUCAGCUGGCGUUGCUCGCGAGAGACUGGGCUUAUUUCCAAAUAUGGGAUCACUCAAAAAGUUGACGAAGUAUGUGUCUGGCAUCAUUGACCAAAACCCAGAGGAGACGAAGAAAAAUCGCAUUGACUAUUUACAGAAGAAGAUCAGUGUGUUAGAGAACUUUGGAGAAGAACACGAAGCGGUUUCAAAACAGAGAACUCAAAACGAUCUUCCAAAUUUUGCUCAGCUACAACAGCAUACUCAUGUCAUGGGCCAAGAAAACCAUUGA